GUGAAGCGUUAGCGUUCGAGAGCGGACGUGUCCGACGGCGGUUCCGUGUGUUUCAGUACUAUUACGGCUGUAUUCGGUGAUGGUUAAUGGUACUCCUUUGGUAGCCGAUUCGUUUUUUUUUCUUGUGUUUACGGUGAAGAAGUCAACGUUCUGAGCCGAGAGGCCGCGAGUAAGCAGUGCUCGGAAUCGUGGUUAUACAUAGAGGAAGAGAGGUUGCGUUGGAUGUAAGCGCCUCCCGAGGGUUGUAUUGGUGGAAGUGCUGGAAGAUUGAUUACUACUCAAGUUUUCGGAAAGUGUGGUAUAAGGAGGAAAAGAAGCUGCAAAUGCAUUCGGUCAUGCUGCAGGGUGUGUGCGGGCAGUUGCACUACAUUUGAGAGAUCAUGGGCACGGCGACUUUUCCGUCGUUGGUGGUGCUGCCGCCGAUGAAAACAAAGAAGCAUAAUACCACUACCACUACCGGGGGAAGUGUCGUGGCCACCAGCACCACUACAGCGAAAAAAGUCCGAAAUAAUCCGAAGAAGAACCUAUGGAAUAACAACAGUCCUGCUGGAGUGCUGGAUCAUCGGUUGCUGGCAAUGGGGGUCCCAAGCGACCCUGAAGUGUCGUCGUCGUUGUCGCCUUUGGGGCAAUGCAGUAUCCAGCUGUUGAACGGUAGCAGCAGCAGCACUGGCCAGCAUCCGGCGACAGAGCGACGGCGAAUGUCGGAAGCCGAGCGGAGACAUCGCUGGCGACGGCAGUGUUCCUCAACUGGGGGGCUUCGUUGGGGAACGUCGAUGGCGGUGGGUGUGUUAGUGUUUAUCGUAGUAUUUAUUGAUCUAUUUUGUGCGAGUGCAUCGUCAUCGAUUCAUAGCGGUAGUAGCGGCAGUCAUCGAACGCUGGAACAUGCUGCAGUAGAAGCAGCGCUAGCAGAUCUUAGACUUUCGGAGAUUUAUGGAAAAGAUGACAGUCGGUUUCAUCCCUCCAAAGAAUUCUCGCGUCACAGCAGAAUCCAGCCACGGCUAGUUCAUGGCCGCCACAAGCGUUCCCUAGCGAGCACCCGUGAAGAGAACGGUCUUCACGCGUCGCACCUCACGCUCAGCUACCGGCUCAGCGACCGAACCGAAGAUGUGAUAUUAGAUUUACAGUUGAACGAGCGGCUUAUCCCGCGGGGGCACUUCCUCAGCUACCAGCUGCCGUCGGGGGACAAGGUCGUGCAGCGGUACAACCGUACCGACGAGGUCGAGCUGUGCCACUAUCAGGGUGUAAUCCGGGACGUUCCGGAGUCCUCGGUAGCGCUAUCGACCUGCCACGGGAUUCGUGGAGUCGUCUUCGACGGCCACGAUACGUACUACAUCGAGAGUGAUGUCAAGACGGAAGAGUUGGAGCGGAUAGAUCUGGCCGAUCACUACAUCUAUCGGCACUCAGACCUUUUAACGAGCGCAAAGUGCGGCUACGAAGGCGGCUCAAACGCCACCCACGACCCGGAACUCCACCGGGAGUCGGAAUUCCAAAGACUGUCGAGGCACAAACGGGCCACCGCCAAAUCUUCGUCACCGAUCCGGGGCCCGUACAAUGCCAACAAACACUCCAGCUACGUCGAGCUGGUGAUCGUGAUCGACAACAAGAUGUUCAAAAGCAUGAAGGAGAACUUCAAGGUGGUGCAGCAGUACUGUAAGGACAUCACGAACAUUAUCAAUGCGCUGUACGAGCCGUUGAACAUUUUCAUUGGCCUUGUCGGGGUGGUGAUAUGGAACGAGGCGAACGAGAUCGAGCUGUCGACGGACGGUGAGGUCACGUUGAAGAACUUUUUGCACUACCGGAAGAAGGUCCUGUCGAAGGAUCAUCCAAACGACAACGCGCAGCUGUUCACGAAGGAACACUUUGAGGGUGGAGUCGUUGGGAAGGCGCUGAAGGGACCGAUCUGUACGUACGAGUUUAGUGGCGGGGUUGAGAUGUACCACAGUGAGAUCAUCGGAGUUCAGGCGACUACGGUGGCGCACGAGAUGGGACACAACUUCGGGAUGGAGCACGAUACGCCGGAUUGCAAGUGCAAGGAGGAUCGCUGCAUCAUGUCGGCGUCAAGUUCUUCCAUAGCUCCACGGCAUUGGAGCAGUUGCAGUAUCGAUCAGCUGAACUUGGCUUUCCAUCAUGGCAUGAACUACUGUUUGAAAAACAAACCGACGCAGUUGUUCGACUCGCCGGUUUGUGGAAAUGGGUUCGUAGAACCCGGUGAACAGUGUGAUUGCGGCCUGCCGGAGUUCUGUGACAACUCGUGUUGUAAUCCGCGGACUUGCAUGCUCCACUCGAAUGCGUCCUGUGCUACGGGACAGUGUUGUGAUCUGUUGACAUGCAAGCCAAAAAUUGGUGGAACCGUUUGUCGAGAGGCCGAAGGAGAGUGUGAUCUACCGGAGUAUUGUUCAGGAGAAUCCGAAUACUGCCCAAACGAUGUGUUCAAGAGAGACACCGAGACUUGUGACGAUGGGAAGGCGUUCUGUUACAAGGGAUCGUGCAGGUCGCAGAAUGAUCAAUGUCGACUACUGUGGGGACCCACAGGCAAGUCGUCGGAUCAGUGUUACAAGAAAAAUGAAGAAGGUACACGGCAUGGGAAUUGUGGGUACAAUCGGGUGAAGAACGAGUACGUCAAGUGCGACGAUGGGGACGUGUUUUGUGGAAUGUUGCACUGCAGACAUUUGAACGAGCGGCUGGAGUUCGGUAUGGAGUCGGUAGCGAUUCUCUCCCACAGCUUCAUGACGUACAACGGCAGUGUGAUCCCGUGUCGAUCGGCGAUCGUUGAUCUGGGACUGCAGAAGGUCGACCCGGGGCUGGCCCCGGACGGAGCUAAGUGCGGUGAGGGAAAAAUGUGUCUGAACCAGGUCUGCAUGGCCGUUGAGAGUCUACGGGCGCAAGGCAGUGGCGUCGAAUGUCCGGAAAACUGCAACGGAAACGGAAUCUGUAACAGCGAAGGACACUGCCACUGUAGUAAGGGCUUUGCACCGCCACUGUGCAACAGUCCCGGAAAUGGAGGAUCGGAGGAUAGCGGGCCGGCAUCGGAUCCAAAUGCUGGCAGCGGCUUCACCCGGUUCCUGUACAUCUUCUUCUGUGGCGUCGUGCCCACGUGCGCCAUAUUCUCGUUCUUCGUAUACUACCUACGACGGAACGGCAGCGGACUGCUGGCGGCCAAGAAGCGCAAACCUCCGUCGGCUAGCGUGUCUACCGGAAACAUGAAGACGGAUUCAUCGCGCAGCACCGGGUCGACGCACACGAUGGUUCCGUCCUCGCCAAACUCGCCGGACGACAUGAACUCUGCCCUGUUGAGACCCUCCAGCGAUGUCGACUUCAAGACCAACAACCACAUGUUUGGUAAAUUCAAGGGCUUCACCCUGAAACCCCUGCCUGAGCCGGGAUCGAUCCUCAAAUCGCCCAACGUUGCUUUUGUCCACCCAGUGUCCAAAUAUAGUGAAGAUCCCGCUAGUACCGUUCCCAACCGCCCAGCGCCCCCAGCUCCAAAGCUUGCCAACAGUAACAAGCCAGCUCACACUGUUCAAAUCGGUAACAGUACGUACAACAAACCGGCAGGUAUUCAUCAGAUCAACGGGUACAAGCUGGCGAAUCAUGAACAUCAGCUGGAUAGUGCUGGAGCUCCGGCUUUGCCUCCAUUGAAUCCGGGAUUUACCGCGAGACCAAUCAUCUCCAGUCCUAUCCUAGAGUCUUCAACGUGCACUAAUCGGGAGCUAGCCCAUAACAACGGAAAGGCUCCGAUUCGACCCGCUCCAGUCCUUCCACCCCAGGUUCAAUCCAACCCGUCCGGAUCGCAGGAAAACAUUGAAGUUCUCAUCAAUCCCACCAGCAAGGACAAGAAGCCGAAAGAGAGUAAGAUAAAUAGAAUUACGUCUUACCUAAAGAAGGAGAAUGAAAAGCCACCCAAACCGGAACCGAAGAACAUCAAGAUCGCAGACAAGGAGAAACUCAAAAAUAUUGAAAUUUCUGCUCCGAUCCCCAUCGCUGGAAACGAUCUGGCCAAGAGCAUGCCAAAACUUAACGAAGCUGAACCUUUAAGCCCAAAAUCUGCGGCCAUCCAACGCGCCAAGAGCAUGCGCGAUCCGGAAAUGUCCGAGAAGCGAUUGCCGGGAGACGGGCAAGCUUCGGCGGAAUCCGCCCGAAAACCUUCCACUCUUAAACGCCCCCAGAGCAUGGUCGGUCACCGUCCAACGAUGCCUCCUCCAAGACCUCCCGUUCCACCGGCACCAGCUAUCACUGGGAUGAAGAUUCCGGGCGUCCCAGGCUACCAGAAUCCUCCGGCGCCAAAGUCGGUCACGAUCGUGACUCCUCCCCGACAGCACGACUACGACGACUGCCAGGACGUGGAAGAUUCCACGACCACCACAACGGCCGGUUCGUCACCGGCACUCGGCCAUGACAACAUCUAUUCCGUCAUUGACGAAUCUCCGUCGCCGCCGAGCAUGCUCUCGCCACCAACGACUCUCUCGUCAGGCAGUUCCGAAAGCAUGGGACUGUUGGGCGAGAUUGUGAACGAAAUAGAGAGUCGGGGCAGCGACUCCGUGUACAUAGCGACCACUCUGAAGCGGGACGGUUCCGGCAGUGGUGUCCGACGGAAAAUGGCACCACGUGCUGAGGAGGAGGAAGAUGAGCCGACGUACGUCAACACGUCGGAAAUCCAAGACGACGAAGACGGAGAGGACGCUACGGACGCCGAGGAGGAACCGUAUCCGGCCAAAUCCAGCGGAAGCACCACGUCCAGUAACUACCUGCGACCAUCGGCCAUCAACACUCCGAUCGCGCGGGUAGCUCCCACGAAGCCAGAAAGUGUUUCAACUAGCUUAAGUAGCUUUAAGAAUAACGCCGGCCCAACGAACGUACUGAGCACGCUUCAGUUCGAGGGACCGACCGUCGAGUCCGCCACGAAACCUCCGCUCACGGCCAAAACGUACAAACCUUAUCACAGUACGUUGACGAACGCGCGACCCGGUUCGGUGGUGACCGCCACCAAGUCGAAACUGGCUAACGGAGACGUUGGCAAGCCCAAGCUGAACCGAACUGUCACCCCGCCCGGGCUGAGUGGCGUGACGAAGAAACCCGCCACCGGUAGUUCCAGCGUUCGAACGCGGAGUCCCUCGCCCAAGGGACGGACCGCGAAUGGGGGAGUAAGCACGGGGAAGGCAUCAGCCGUGUCGACUACGGCGCAGAAGCCAAAAACGGCCGCCAAACCGGAUGCGGUUGUUAAGGGAAAGGUGGCGGCCAGUGGGAGUAAGAUUUUGACGGCUGCGGCACGACCCGGCCCCGGUAAGGUUUCCAAUGUGGCCUCGUUGCAGCAAAAGUUUGAGGCGAAGAAGUAAAAAAAGGGUUGACGUGGAGGGGCGAUUUUAACUGUUUUUUCAAGUUGUUGAUGUUUCAAUUGCAAAGUUGUUUUCAAAUUGUAUAUAUUAAAUUAUAGUUAAGGAUAUUAAACGGUUUUUAGUUAUGAUUUUCAGCUGAAUGAUAAUUUUCGGAUACACUUUAGAAAUUGGAAUUUUAGGCCUCGAAUUGUAAUGUUUUGCUCCAGUUUCCCCAACACUACCGCAUAUGUUGAGUUUUUUUUUUUGACAGCUUCAUGUGUACACAAAUAUUUUAAGGCGAGGGGUGUGUCUUUUCAUUCCGAGACAUCACAACUUUUCGUGUAUAAUUUUUUUUAUUUGGAAAAGAUGAAUUUUAAAAUUUAGAACCUCCAUUUAAUUUUCGAUUUCGAGCAAAAACAUAUGUUGACUAGACACAACAUGAUUGCAACAUGACAUAUAAAUCGCCCCUUUGCGGUCACAAAAAAAUUAGAACAAUCCGUACUAACUCUGAAAUAAAAUCUAACAAGGAUUCAUAUUAUGUUAAUAUGAAGAAUUUUUUGGCUAGCGACAUAAAAAUUACUGUAUAAUGCAAACAUAGGCUUUGGUUACGAAAAAUGCUUUACGAAAACUUUUUAUUUUGCAAAUCGAUAACAGAAAACUCUUAUCAAAUUAAAUAAUCAUGUCACGAACAAAAACUAUCGCAGACAUCGCCGAGAACAAUCAAAAUUUUCUAACGAAAAAUCUCUAGUGAAACCAGUAGAAAAAUCAGUCGUUGUUAUACUCCAAGUCCAAU